AUGGAGACCACUGUCAGGGCUGUGGGUGAGAAUACCACAGACACGUUCACCGACUUCUUUUCUGCACUCGAUGGCCAUGAAGCCCAAACCGGCCUGUUACCAUUCACUUUCAGCUACGGUGACUAUGACAUGCCCCUGGAUGCAGAGGAAGAUGUGACCAAUUCUCGAACUUUCUUUGCUGCCAAGAUUGUCAUUGGCAUGGCUUUGGUGGGUAUCAUGCUGGUGUGUGGCAUUGGCAACUUCGUCUUUAUCACUGCCCUGGUCCGCUACAAAAAGCUCCGCAACCUCACCAACCUGCUUAUUGCCAACCUGGCCAUUUCGGACUUCCUCGUGGCCAUCGUGUGCUGCCCCUUUGAGAUGGACUACUAUGUGGUGCGCCAGCUCUCCUGGGAGCAUGGCCAUGUCCUGUGCGCCUCUGUCAACUACUUGCGCACCGUCUCCCUCUAUGUCUCCACUAACGCCCUACUGGCCAUUGCCAUUGACAGGUAUCUGGCCAUUGUGCACCCGCUGAGACCGCGGAUGAAGUGUCAAACAGCCGCUGGCCUGAUCUUCCUGGUGUGGUCUGUAUCCAUCCUCAUCGCCAUUCCAGCCGCCUACUUCACCACUGAGACCGUGUUGGUCAUCGUGGAGAGACAGGAGAAGAUCUUCUGCGGUCAGAUCUGGCCGGUGGAUCAGCAGUUCUACUACAGGUCCUAUUUCCUUUUGGUUUUCGGCCUCGAGUUCGUGGGCCCUGUAGUCGCCAUGACCUUGUGCUACGCCAGGGUGUCCCGGGAGCUCUGGUUCAAGGCGGUGCCAGGCGUCCAGACAGAGCAGAUCCGCCGGAGGCUGCGCUGUCGCCGCAGGACUGUGCUGGGGCUCGUGUGCGUCCUCUCUGCCUAUGUGCUGUGCUGGGCUCCCUUCUACGGUUUCACUAUCGUGCGUGACUUCUUCCCCUCCGUGUUUGUGAAGGAGAAGCACUACCUCACCGCCUUCUAUGUGGUGGAGUGCAUCGCCAUGAGCAACAGCAUGAUCAAUACGCUGUGCUUUGUGACUGUCAGGAAUAACACCAGUAAGUACCUCAAGAGGAUCCUGCGGCUCCAGUGGAGGGCCUCUCCCAGCGGGAGCAAGGCCAGCGCUGACCUCGACCUCAGGACCACAGGGAUGCCUGCCACUGAGGAGGUGGACUGCAUCCGACUGAAAUAAGCAAAAUGGUACCACAGUGCCCGGGUGCACACAGCAGCCCCAGACUUGGUUUUCUGUGGAAGGCAGAGGAAAGAGACAACCACUUAGACACGCUAUUCAAGGACCACUGAAGUGUGGAGUUUCUGAAAUGGAGACCUGAGAUACUGUCACUAGUGGUCAGGGUUCACUGAAUAUCUAAUUUUUGCAAAGACUAGACACCAGUAAAAGUCCUUUGAGGACGUACAGUGGGGAUUAUAGCAAGGAAAUAUGGUUCGGAGUGUCUGGAAAAGGGUGUUGCCAAAGAGAAGGCAAAGCAGGCUAUGUAGGACUCUCCUGUCCGUGCUUAGGGUGAAACAAGGGGCUCUGUGUGGGCCUAGUUCACCUCUGGUAGUACUCUUGGGUUUUUGUUUUUGUCUAGCAUUAGCAAGCUGGGAGCAAGAGUAUGGAAGAGGUUCCCAGAUCUGCUGUAGUCCUUCUCUACUUACCUCAGAAUUCCCACUGAGGGGAAUCAAAAACAUGAGUGGAUACUCCAGGACCCAUGGCUAAGUUCUGAGCACCACCUCCAACCUAUGGUCAGUUCUAAGGCCUAGGGCUUUACACACAGACAGUGGGGGAGGGGACUUCUCUGGAGCAUGGGCUUAGGGGAGGAGCCACUUGGACGCUGGGUGCAAUUUGCAUAGGGAAUUUGGGGUUCUGAGUCAUAAGUAGAGGGAAGUUUGAGUUCAUGGGAACAUGAUUCCCCCAUUCAUGGUCUACUCCCUGCAGGGGAAAAGGAGGUGAGGAAGGGGAGGGACAGCGUGCAGGUUAAAGGAUGCUGUUGCUUCAUCUCUCAGCUCCUGUGCCCUGUCAUGCCUCUGUGUUUAUGGAGCAUAGAUCCCGAAGGUAAACACAGCACCUCCACGUCCCGUUCCCACCAGCUCCCAAACACUGGUGUUUUCAUCCCAAUCAGCCUAUUUGAUGAAGUUCCCUCACUGGUAAGACUGGGAGAAAGAUUUCUUAGCCACUGGUGCCUGACUCUGGGCCUGGUCAUGGUCCUGGGAAUUGAGACUUGCUGCUCUUUCAAAAUGAAGGUGACCUUGGAGAUAUCACCACAUUUCUGCUCUUCAGCGCAAGUGAAGACUUGCACAUCAGGGGUGCCGCCUGGACACUCAAGAAAUAGAGGUUGACCAACUGUGAGCUCUAGGGACCCCACAGACUUAUGAAAGUCUCAUCCCAUAUGAUAACUCACCUUCUUAGCUUGGCAUUUAGAAUUCUGGCUUGAGAAAAUCUGAGGCCUAGCUUUGACAAAGUCAUCUGCACAGACCUGAGAUAAGACUUUCAGAAGAUAAAGGUAAUACUUAAGAAACCUUGUUAGAAUU